AACUCCACGUCCUCGUCCGAACCCGGCCCAUCCUCCUCCUUCCAGCCCGUCCUCCCUCCAGGCCAGAAUCCAGCAUACGAUGCCGCCCUCUCCUACCUCUCCUCUCACUGCUCUUCCCUCCUCUCUCAAAUCACACACCUCCGAUCGACCAACGCCCCAGCGGCGCAAAUCGAACAUCUGGAAAUAGCGGCGGAUGUGAACGAUCCACUCACACGGCGGACGUUCCGCGAGACGGGCGGCAAAGGGAUGAUGGGACAGGCGGUGAUGCGUCAUCUGGCGGAGCGGGCGUGGAAGAAGGAGGGAGGGCUCGAUCUGCUCAUGCAGCGGAUACAUCAGAUGGGAGUCGUGCCGGAUCUGGUGCCGGAAUUGAAGGGGACGGCGCCGUUGACGAUAAGGCUGGAAGGGGAGGAGGUGGAGCCGGGGAGUAUGCAGUCGGCGGCGAAGUGGGGGGAUGCACCAAAUAUGUCGUUGCAGCUGUUCCACCACCCAGAGGAGGGGAAGGAGGAGGGCUUGUAUACGUUGCUCGUGGUAAACACGGACCACCCCUCGCCGGAAACCCAAUCUUUCGUCCAGCGGGUCCUAUACGCCAAAUCGGACAUCCCCCUAUCGGUCCAAUCGGGCGAGACGGACCUCUUCACUGCUCCCGGUACUACACACCUCGAGUGGGAACCUCCCCUCCCCGCAAAAGGCACCGGGAAGCACCGAUACGCAUUCAUCGUCCUCCGCCAGCCAUCCUCCUCUUCCCCUCUCACUGACCGAUCCCCCUUCAACCUCCGUACCCACCUGUCAUCCGCUUCCCUCUCCUCGGCGGACAUCGUGGGCAUCUCCCUCAUCCGGUCAGAAUGGACCAAGGCGGACGAAACGUAUCUGGCGGACAAGUAUCGCGAGGUGCACGGAGGGGAGAUGGUGGAAUUUGGGAAGCCACCCAAGGAGAUGCGGUUUGGGUACCCUAUGAGCGCGAAUCAGAAGCGGGCGGAGGCGAUCAGGGAGGAGGCGUGGGAUAGGGCCGUGGGUGGGUUGGCAGAGGGAUUG